CUUUUGUCCUUAAAAUGAAGCUUGUUACUAUACUUUCUAUUUUCAUUAGCACUACAAUGGCUACUCGUCGUGUUUGCCGAUGCACGUACAAUAGUGAAUAUAGCUACGACGACACCGAAGCUACCUGCGCUCAAGUUGGAGGGACCAUGGCGUCAAAGUAUUGCGUAACUAAUCAUGCACAGCAGGACUGGAGCAAGAGGUGUGUAGAUCAAGGGAACUGCUGGAAGACAUCAGGGUAAAUAGGAGUUUUGUUGGUAUGUUUGGUAGCUGGAUGAUGUACAGAGGAAAGUAGGGAUAGAGCGGCCUGGCUGGGCCGAUUAGAUCAUGCAGAUCCAGCUAUAUUAAUGGCCUUCUUCAGCUGUUGCCUCUUAGUUACGGC